UUACUGUUCAUGAAGGCUUUUAUUUUGAAGUAGCAGAGCGGAAGUCCUGUGUGUCACUGUGUUUAUCUCUCCAGCUUCACUCUGUUCAGUCACACAACUACUCUGAGGAGGAAUGCAGCUCUCCUAGACAAACACUUGAAUCUCAAGACAUCAUCAUUCCACACCAUGGCUGGCUUCAGACAGGAGGAUGUUGAGCUGUAUUAUGAGAUGGAAGAGGAGCUGGGCAGUGGACAGUUUGCCAUCGUUCGUAAGUGUAAGGAGAAGAGCACAAGCGUUGAGUACGCAGCCAAGUUCAUCAAAAAGCGGCGACUGUCGUCCAGCCGUCGGGGGGUGAGCCGCGAGGAGAUCGAGCGUGAGGUCAACAUCCUGCGGGAGAUCCAACACAGCAACAUCAUCACCCUGCACGACAUCUUUGAAAACAAGACAGAUGUGAUCCUGAUCCUGGAGCUGGUGUCCGGAGGAGAGCUCUUUGACUUCCUGGCUGAGAAGGAAUCCCUGACUGAGGAGGAGGCCACCCAGUUUCUCAAGCAGAUCCUGGACGGCGUUCAGUAUCUCCACUCCAAACGCAUCGCUCACUUUGACCUCAAGCCUGAGAAUAUCAUGCUGCUGGACAAGAACGUCCCCAACCCCAGGAUCAAGCUGAUUGAUUUUGGGAUUGCUCAUCAGAUUAAAGCAGGAAAUGAGUUCAAGAACAUUUUCGGAACACCGGAGUUUGUUGCUCCAGAAAUAGUCAACUAUGAGCCACUUGGACUGGAGGCGGACAUGUGGAGCAUCGGAGUCAUCACAUACAUCCUGUUGAGCGGUGCGUCUCCAUUUCUGGGCGAGACCAAGCAGGAGACCCUGACGAACAUCUCGGCCGUCAACUACGACUUUGAUGAGGAGUAUUUCAGCAACACCAGUGAGCUGGCCAAGGACUUCAUACGACGUCUGCUGGUCAAGGAUCCCAAGAAGAGAAUGACGAUUGAUGACAGUAUGGAACACCCCUGGAUUAAGGUGAUUAAGAGGCGAAAUGUCCGCCAGGAGGAGAGAGACCACAAGACUGAGCGCCGACGCCUGAAGACCACUCGUCUGAAGGAGUACACCAUCAAGUCCCACUCCAGCAUGCCUCCCAACAACACUUAUGUCAACUUCGAGCGCUUCUCCCAGGUCCUCGAGGAGAUUGCGGCGGCAGAGGAAGGCCUGAGGGACCUGGAGCGCAACCAGCGCUCGUGCCGGGAUGACGUGGCGGCGCUGCUGUCCAUAUACGAGGAGAAGGAGGGUUGGUACAAGGAGGAGAACCAGAGCAUCUCCAGCGACCUGAGCCACAUCCGCCAAGAGCUGCAGCGCACUCAAGCGCAGCGCAAGAAGAGUCAGGAGGAGACCCGGCUCACCAUGCAGGCCGCCAACAUCCUCAAACGCAAGUACGGGCGCCUGGAAAACCGCUAUGAGGUCCUGGCUGAGCAGAUGGCCUCUGAGGUCCGCUGGGUGGAGGAGCUGGUCAAGUCCAUAUCUGCAGAGAAGGACGUCCUCGGCAGCUUGGCCUGAGCCGGGCCAACGUCCAACAAUGACACUUAGAUUCUCAAGUAUCCUCCUGCCUGUCCUCCCUGUACGUGUCCCACACACGGUGCAGUCUGCGCGGGUCAGUCGUCAUCAUAAGCUACGCUGCUGCUGCUGCCCAUCGGGAAAACGUUCCACCCUUUUUAUGUCACCAGUAAGAUAGAGAGGUAAUAUGUUGAACCCAUUCCCCCAUGAAAACACUCAUUCCUGUGUUUUAUAAGUUAAUUUAUAAUUUUAGGGAUUUUUUACGUACUGUACUUUGACAAAACAAUUUGCAACAAUAUUAGCCUUUUUUCAGCAAUUUUUCUUAACCUGGUUAUCUUUUUAGAAACGUAAUACCAUCUGAAUGUCCUAGUGCUGUAAAAGCCGGAGAUGUCUGCUCAUUUGCUCUUGCCUCAGGUUAUUGGCCAGUUAUGUGACAAAGCUUCAAUAUACAGCUAAUAGUGUCAGCGGUAUUUAUUUAUCCGGUUACAUUUCCCAUUCGAUUGCAGCUAACAUUAAAAUUCACUGUGUGUCGGGACAGAGUGUUCGACUAUAAAGGAUGCAAUAAACGCAAACACUCAGCAUAGAAGGCUUUAUUUUACAGAUCUGUCAUUUCCUAAUUAUUUAAAAAUCCUUUCAUGAAAGUUACCUGGAAAGCACCACAUACGUAGUUUGGUUCUAAUUACAGGGAAAAUAGAGACAGAGUUCUGAAGCUGUUAUUUUAGUUAGUUUAAAGGGAUAGUUUGGGUGUUUUGAAGUGGGGUUGUAUGAGGUACUUAUCCAUAGUCAGUGUAUUACCUACAGUAGCUGACGGUCGGUACGCCCCUAGUUUGGAAAAACAGACAGGAGUUACGGACACUGACUCAAAGUAAUGUACUGCUGUGGACGGGGCCAGCAGCAAAACGUAUUUUAGCCACCUAAAAUAAAGGCCCACCUAAAAACAUUAAUAUCAAUUUAAGUGUUCACUAUAUUUAGAAUAUUUUUAUCGCUUUACCUCGCCCUGAGACAGCCCUGUCCGACAGAGAACUGAAGCCAUUGUAGCCAUCUGUGCUUUCACCAAAUUAACCAGACCCAUUGACAAAAACAGUAAUUUUACCUCACCGAACACAGGAGUUGCUGGUCCA